UCCGUUGACGAGGCAGUCAAGGUUUUGCUCGGUACUUAUCUCAAACACUUGCCAUGCAUGCGAGGCUCCCUUACUUCGAGUCAGAAUGAGAAGAUUCGGGUCGCUAGGCGCCUUCGUUCUGCUUCGCCGCCAUUGCAGUUCCGCUCGAAUCGGUCCGUCGAAGCACGCUCUUCUCUCGCCCGUGUUCGACUCUGCGUCGUCCGCUCUCGGCGAUUCCAACCACGCGAGUCCCCCGGUCUCUGUCUCCGAGGCUGUGUCUCCUUCUCGUGCUUACUCCGAUUACGCGUCUCCGGAUCCGCAUUUGGUGGCUGCCGGACCUUUUGCUGCUCGCGAUAAUCAUGACGGCAGCUACUGCGACGGAGAAGAAGACGAGGACGACGGAGUCUCGGAUUGCGAGGAUGAUUUCCGGGAGCGGAAGGUGAUGAACGAGGCUCUUGCUCGCGAUGCGAAAUCCAUUGUGGACGUACUACGCGAGACGGCGUCCCAUCGUGUAGAAAUGACAUCUAGACUUGCUAAGUGUGGAGUUACCGCGUCGUCGGAAUUGGUGGUGGAGGUUCUUUCGCAGGUCCGAAAUGACUGGGAAUCGGCGUUCACCUUCUUCCUGUGGGCUGGGAAUCAACGGAAUUACUCCCAUUCGGUUCGUGAAUAUCACUCCAUGAUCUCUAUUUUGGCGAAGAUGAAGAAGUUCGACACUGCCUGGGCAUUGAUCGAUGAAAUGAGAGGAGGCAAGGAUCAUCCAUGCCUCCUUACCCCUCGGACUCUGCUGAUCAUGAUCAGACGAUACUGUGCAGUGCACGACGUUGGUAAGGCCAUCAAUACCUUCUACGCGCACAGACGAUAUAAUUUUGAUGUUGGGAUUGAGGGGUUUCAGGGUCUCCUCUCUGCGCUUUGUCGGUAUAAGAACGUGCAAGAUGCGGAGCACUUGCUCUUCUGUAAUAGGAGCGUGUUCCCUCUCAAUACGAAGAGCUUGAAUAUAAUCCUCAAUGGCUGGUGUAAUGUGAUCGUUAGUCCUCGGCAGGGGGAGAGAAUUUGGAAAGAGAUGAGCAAGAGAGGCAUAGCGCAUGAUGUUGUCUCAUACGCUUGUCUCAUAUCUUGCUAUUCGAAAUCCAGAAGCCUCAACAUGGUGCUUAAGCUCUUUAACUGGAUGAAAGAAUUGGAGAUAGCUCCGGAUAGGAAAGUUUACAACGCGGUCAUUUAUGCUCUUGCAAAGGGUAGGCUUGUGAAGGAAGCUGUGAAUCUUAUGAGAACGAUGGAUGAUAAAGGUAUUUUACCCAAUGCGGUUACUUACAAUUCAUUGAUCAAGCCUCUUUGUAAAGCCCGGAAUGUCGAUGGAGCUAAAAAGGUCUUUGAGGAGAUGCUGCAGCGGGGGCUUCACCCUACCAUUCGGACUUACAAUGCCUUUUUACGUAUUCUUAGGACAGGGGAAGAAGUUUUUGAGCUCUUAACAAAAAUGAAGGAGAUGGGAUACCAUCCAAAUUAUGAUACGUACAUAAUGUUGAUCAGAAAGUUUUGUCGAUGGCGCCAACUUGAUAAUGUCUUUGAGCUGUGGAAUGCAAUGACUGAGAAUGGAUUGAGUCCUGAUCGCAGCUCUUAUAGUGUGUUGAUUCAUGGACUCUUUCUGAAUGGAAAGUUGGAGGAAGCGCAAAGAUAUUAUUUGGAGAUGAAAGACAAGCAGUUUUUGCCCGAGCCUAAAAUUGAUGAGAUGCUUCAAGCAUGGGUGUCUGGGAAACAAGUAACACAGAUUAGUGCGGUGGAGAAUCAGCUCCCUAUUAAUCGUUUAAAUCAAGCUUCCUCCAGAAAACUUAAUUGUGAAAUGGAUUUCCUUCGCCAACCUGAGUUGAGAAGAGUUGUAAGAGAGCGGGGAUAUUCUUUUUGGGAGCACUAGGAUAGGUUUUCUUCGGUCAUGCUGUCAAUGCAUCGUAUACAGACAUUCCUAAAGGCAUAGUGAAGAACCAGAACAAUUACAAGCUCUAGAAGUGGGACCUGUUCUCGUGGUUUAUAUAAACUGCCCAUUGACGAAAGGCCAUUGUUUGUAAUGGGAAAAAAUACCAUCUGGGCAAGAACGAUGCACAGUUUCUUUUCCGGAGCAUGAUAAGUAGACCAUAAAACCAACCAGUUAUUUUCAGGAGAUCAACUUGGAGCCCUUCAUUCCUUUGAAGAAGCAAUCAUUAAAAUCUUAUCACUUGGAAUUCUGAGUAUCAAAGUAUUUAAAAAGGCUAAAUCUCCGUUCAUCGUAUAAACAACUUGUGGGAUCUCAGGUCUGGGAACUAAUGGAGGUGACAAGUUUCUGUCCAGUCAUACAUUGCCGAUGGUUGUUGUAUCAUGAAAACACGUUGCCAUCAGAAGGCUGGAAGAGAUGAGGAUGAUACAUUAGGAGCCCCCGAGAUAACAUCAAGGUUAGGUCAAAACCACAAUUCCCUGUGCAUCUCAAGUGCGAAAGCAGGUGGCUUAUUGGAGUUUGUUUUUCUUCUUGGUUCUUCUCUCCUCCUUUGAUUAUGCCUGAGAAGCUGGACCGCAGACGAAAAGUGCCCCGGACUUAUGCUCAGUCGUGGCAACCACAAUAAUAUAGUCAGAACUUUCGGAUAUCCAUCACGUGUUCUAUUCUUGAAACCCAACCUCAACAAGCUACCGGGUGCAUGUACAACCUGUGGAAUAUCCGAGGUACUUUGCAUCAGCCAUGACAUUAUCCUAAUCUUAUUUAA